UUACUGAUAGGAAUAGUUAUUUACAAAUAAAAUUGAAAAGACCACAAAUAAAUUGGGUUGAAAUAAGAAAAACAUUAUUAAGUUAUUGAAUUUUUUCCAGGAUAAUUAGAAAAGUUUUGAAGAGGAAGAGCAAGAAGGUGUAAAAUUUACUAGAAUGGAUGAAAACUCCUCAAAGGACAAAGAGCGAUAUGCUAGAGAAACGCACAGUGAAAUAGAACGACGAAGGCGCUGUAAAAUGGCAAGUUUUAUACAAGAAUUGGCAGAACUAGUUCCCACUUGUAGUGCUUUGGCUAGAAAACCAGAUAAACUGACAACAUUAAGAAUGAGUGUAAAUCAUCUAAAGUCUCUUAGAGGGACAGGCAAUAUAAGCUCAGAUGGUAAUUAUAAGCCAGCUUUUUUGACUGACCAGGAGCUGAAACAUUUGGUGUUAGAGGCUGCAAAUGCAUUUCUUUAUGUAUUAACUUGUGAUGGACGAAUAAUCUAUGCUUCUGAUUCUAUUUCACACGUUCUUAACUAUUCGCAAUCUGAUUGGAUGAAUUCUAAUUUCUUUGGAUUCAUGCAUCCUGAUGACAUUGAUAAAGUUCGAGAACAGCUUUCAGUUUAUAGCCCUUCUACACCAGGAAGAAUACUAGACUUAAAAACUGGAACUGUAAAGAAAGACAGCAACCAUUCUUCAACUCGUCUUACUGUGGAUACAAGGAGAAAUUUUAUUUGUCGCAUAAGAGUGGGUAAUUUCCAAUCAGGUACUGCUUAUUCAAGUCACCUCAAUCGACUUAAAGAACGUAAUAGCUUAGGACCCUCUCGCGAUGGUAACUCUUAUGCAGUUUUGCAUUCAACUGGAUAUAUUAAGACCUGGCCUCCUACAGGGUCACAAAUGGAUCACUUAAAUAGUGACGAUAUGAGCAAUAAUCAUUAUUGUCUUGUUGCCAUUGGCAGACUUCAAAUAACAAGCAUUCCUAACAAAAGUGAUUUAAUGGGAUCUAACUCAUCAAGUGAAUUCAUUUCUCGUCACAAUUCUGAAGGACAUUUUACUUUUGUUGAUCAAAGGGUUGAAAAUGUCCUUGGUCAUCAGCCUCAAGAGCUUUUAGGUAAAAAGUAUUUAAGCUUUGUCCAUCGAGAAGAUCAAACACACGUUAAAGAGAUAUUUGAACAAGUUUUAAAAUUGAAGGGGCAAGUGGUGUCUGUCAUGUAUCGAUUUCAAGACAAGAAUAAACAAUGGAUUUGGCUCCGAACCAGUAGUUUUGUUUUUCUCAAUCCAUACACAAAUGAAAUGGAAUAUAUAGUGGCUGUGCAUAAUCGAAAUCUUCAUAAUCAACAAGAAACUUCUACCUCCGGAUCUGAUCAAGUUCCCAGUUUAGCAAAAGAGAAUGAGCAAAAUCAAUACGGUGCAGAACUUAAUUAUAGUCACCCUAAAUCAAAUGCUUUUCAUUCUGUUGUACCGUCUGCACAUCAUCCUGAAACACAAAUUAUGAAUGAAAGGCAACUUAGUUCUAAUCAAGCUAUCUAUCAAAACCCUCAGUAUUAUGGACUGAACUACUCAGUAUCAAAUAGCAAUGAAAGUUCAAAAGUAAUUUCAUCUCAAUCUCCAACAUCUUCCAAUAUUGAUGUAAGUGCUCCUGAAUCUCCUCCAGUCAUCUGGGUUCAAACUACUCUUCCGCAGCUCAGCUCAGAAGCUUAUAAUCCAAACUAUGGAAAUUUGUCUAGUGUGACAUAUACACAGAUGGGAUCUACACUUCCACCUAGAAGGACAUGGGGUUGGCAAGACCCUGGAACCCCUGAUUCUUCAUCUAGUGGUAGCCAUCCACACACAUUUGGCACUGAUGAAAAUAGACCCAGGCAAGAGUUUACAGAAAUGCUUCAAGUAUUAGACCAGAGUGGGACAUCUUCAUUUGAUGAGUUAUCAAUGUUCAAUACUUACCCUACGUGAUUGUCUUAAAGGAAAGAAAAAUAUGUAUCAAUUUGUCGCAUCAAUUCAUUUUUAGUAUAUUUUGUUACAUGCUUACUGGCAUAUGAUAAAAUAUGUUUUUAAAUACAUAUCUUUUAAUGUUAUGGUUCUAUAAUCUCUGGGUUUUUAAAUAUUUACUGUGAAUUUAUAAAGACCCUAAAAACCCCAAAGCUCUUGAUUUUCGAAUAUUUUAUAAUAAAAUGGGUCCCUUAAGGCUUUUUUGCCUCGAAAAAUAAAGUCACAUUUUGAGAGCCUAUAACUUAAAGCAAAGAUUUAAUUUUUAAACUAUUCUUACUAAAAGAAAGAAAAAAGUCUAGACUGAAUAAUUUUUAAAUAUUUGAAUUACUUGUUUGUUUUUAAAUUUUUAAAGCUUUGGCCCAGAUAAAAAUAAUUGAAAUCAAUGAAUGAAUCUCAAAUUUGUCUAUUUUUAAGAGCUCGAAAAAUGCAGUUUUGAUUGAUAUUUUCCACCAUUUUCUUAUUACCAUGGCAGGUUAGUAAAAAGAUGGACAAAACUUAACCUAACUAUCACAAACUCACAGCAGUUGUAAAAAUAGCAUACUAGUUUAUAGAUAAAUCAUUAUUUCAUAUGACUCUCCAGACAACAGCCUUAAAGCGAACAAAUUAAAAAAACAAUUAUAACAUAUCUUUCAAGUGAUUGUUGUUUUGUUAAAUAGGGAUUAUUUAUUAGUGAUAAUUAUUUUUUAUCUAUAAGUAAGGUAUCAAACAUUUGUCUUCGUUGUCCAAAGAGGAUUUAUAGAUAAGUUUCAUUUGUAUAAACAUAUUUUAAUUAUUGAUAAUUAGCCUAUUCCAGUAAUACUUAUUUAAUUUCACAAAUAAUUUUGUUUAUAUCUUGUAAUCUCUUCACAACAUUUUAAAAAUAAACAAAUGAAUCUCAUUUUUUAGGAAAACAAAUUAAAUUUGUUUUCCUAUUUUUAAAUUCAUCACCCAGUUAGAUUUAUUCUCUGUUGUUAAAAUAAUUUAACGUUCAAAUUAUUUUAAUAAAUGUGCUAAACUAAGAAAAUUAUAUUAUUUGCGGUGAACAUGCUGAGUCAACUGAAAUGUAUUUUAGUCUUUGACAAGAAUAUUAUUAUGAAAUCAGUUAUGUUAUCUUGUUUCUGGGGCAAAACUUACUUAGUAUAGAAAGAAAUUUGGAUGAAUCUAUUAUUACAAGCUUGAAAACUUCAUAACUAUGUACUGAAAUGUAUACAUAAUAUCUAUUUUUUUUCUAUGCGCUUCUUGGUUGCGGAAAUGAUUUUAUUCUCAUGAAACACAGUCUCUUAGCUAACAAAUAAUGUAAUCAAUCUAUAAAAUAUAAUUUUUAUGACUAAGGUAAUCAUUUGAAUACAUAAAUUAAAAGUUAAAUACUUAAAUAAAUAAAAUGUCAUGUUUGAUGUUAAUAAAAUUUAAUUGCUUUAUGUUAGUCGAUAUAGUUGAGUGCCAUCAACACAUUCGUCAACGCAUAGCCUCAUAAGCGACAUUUAACAGUUUCAUGGUAAUGUUCAUCGUUUUUGUUGCAAUAUAUCUUGUUUUAAUUUCCAGAAUGAAACAUACUAAAAUAUUUCUGGAGUUAUCAAAACUAUGUUACAAAAAGGGGUAAUUAUUUUGGAAAAGGUAUUUAUUUGAUGUCCGUUCGCAAAUUACUUGUUUACUAUAUACUUUUUGAUAUUUAUUUAUUUGUUUUUGUAUGUUUGACAUAUUUAUAUACAUGUUUGGUUUGUUCGUAAAAAUA